CAAAAAUUAAGCCAGAAAAGCAAAACCAAUAUGGGCGAAUUUCUACCGAAGUUUUAACCAAUUUCUGUGAUAGUUUAGAAGCCACUUUGGACGGCAGCAAUAGUCAUCAUUUAUUCCCCAAAUUUGACAAGAAUAAAACAGGUGGGAAAUCUAGCCAAGAAUUUAUUAACCACUUAAAAACCUUAUACGAAAACUGUCCUGUUUAUUUUGAUAUUCAAGAAAAGAUAAUAGUUAUUAAAAAUCAACGCACCAAAGCCGAGCGAGAAGAAGAGGUUAAAUAUGCUGACGAGUUUAAAAGGAUGCGGAUUAGAUACCAGGAAUUACGCAGUAUGGGAAGGACAGAUUUGCCUGAAUUUCCUACCAGCACCGAAGAAUGUUAUAGCGAUAAGGCUUAUCAACCCGAAGAGACAC